CAUCAUGGAGCUGCUGUGCUGCGUCGCCGUCCUGCUGUCCCUCCUGGCCGUGAUGGGACACCCCGACCCCACGCUGGAUUGGCACUGGCAGCUGUGGAAGAAGACCCACGGGAAGCAGUACCGCCAUCAGGCUGAGGAAGGGCAGCGCCGUGUAACAUGGGAGAAGAACCUGCGGCUGGUGAUGCUGCACAACCUGGAGCACUCCAUGGGGCUGCACUCCUACCAGCUGGGCAUGAACCACAUGGCGGACAUGAGCAGUGAGGACGUGGCCGCGCUCCUGACGGGGCUCCGUGUUCCCUAUGGGCACCGCCAGACCUCCAGGUACCGCCAGCGCGGAGCAGCCCCCGAUGCCAUGGACUGGAGGGAGAAGGGCUGCGUCACCGAGGUGAAGAACCAGGUGGGACAGAUAAAUGACUGUGAAAGAAAAGCAAAUAAUGGGGUGGUGAAGGUAAAAGGCUUAAAGCACCUGAAGGUCUCCAGUUCUCCUGGUGGGUUUCACCCCUUCCUCUUGUUCCCACAGAACGGGACGUGCCAAUAUAACGUUUCCACGCGCGCUGCCACGUGCUCCAAGUAUGUGGAGCUGCCAUACGCGGAUGAAGCUGCCCUGAAAGAUGCUGUUGCCAACGUCGGACCCAUCUCUGUGGCCAUCGAUGCAGCUCAGCCCACCUUCUUCCUGUACCGUUCAGGAGUGUACGACGACCCGCUGUGCACACAGGAGGUGAACCACGGCGUGCUGGUGGUUGGUUAUGGCACCCUCAAUGAGAAGGACUUCUGGCUGGUGAAAAACAGUUGGGGCGAACGCUUCGGUGACGGGGGUUACAUCCGCAUGGCGAGGAACCACUCCAACCACUGCGGGAUCGCCAGCUACGCCUCGUACCCACAGAUAUAGGUUCACCAGCUACACCUCGUACCCACAGAUAUAGGAUCACCAGCUACACCUCGUACCCACAGAUAUAGGAUCACCAGCUACACCUCAUACCCACAGAUAUAGGAUCACCAGCUACACCUCGUACCCACAGAUAUAGGACCACCCCUCCCUGCUUCGGGGGGGCUCCGUCUUCGGUCCGAGCACCAACGCUCUGCUUCUAUCAUUCACUGACUGCAAGAAUCAGUUCCUGUCUCCAUGUCUGCAGUGGGGGAAUGUCAGAUGGUGCUUUAAGGCUCCCACCGGCUGCUUCUUGGAGAAGGAAAAGGCCAUUUGUCCUUUUUUCCCUCAUCACACACAUAGUAAAAGUGCAAUGCCAAGAGCUGUUAGAGCGGAGAUCUGCCCUCUUCUCAGCGCUGCCCCCAGCGGACAUGGCUGUGAUUUUCCCUCUGCGUGAUGAUUUUUGUUUGAAAACACAAUAAAACAUCAGUUUCACCGA